GUCAGAUUAAAAUGUCACAAUAUUUUUGACAAAUGUUAUUUACUUUUUGUUAUAUGUUUUUCAGCAGCAUUUCUAGUUUUUUUUUCGAUUCAUAAUCGAUGGCUAAUCUGGGAAAAUACAAGGAUAAUUUCUCCUUCAUUUGUGCGGCAGGCGUUUGGAACAAACCAAAUUUCAGUGCUGGAGACUGUUUGAAGCGUUAUACCUUAGAAGAUGAAGUGCAAGCACUCAAGGCAGACUUUCAUGUGCCUAAAAAGGAAUACAAACCGACCAAAUUGCCCAAAGUGGCUGCAACAAAUCGCAAUCCCGGCAUAUUUUUGGAGAGCCGAGAAUUACUGAAUCCUCCUCCGCUGACAAGAUAUCGUCAAUUAGUUAACGACCUAAAAGAGACCACUUAUGCAAGCUAUUGGAACAAACAACUUGGAGCAACUCCAGAUUCAACUCCAACAUUUCCUGAAGGAAUGAAAGUUGAUGAGAUUACCUUCGGCGAUCCUUAUAAAUAUGACUGUAGCGUAAAGGAUUUAAUUCAGCCUCCUAAGACACCCUACCAAGUUUUGUGGGACAGCCAAAUAAACCAUGAUGCUUAUAAAAAAGUGUAUGGUAGUUAUAAUCCCAGUGAACAGAUCAAUAGGGGGUAUGUUUCGCCACCUUUUUGCCCAACCCAAACAUUCGGCAAGAAAUGUGGCUACGACAAGAGAGGAUUGAAAGCAAAAUGCUGCCUAGAAUGGUACAACAACAGCCCGGUUACCAUCGUGAGCGGAAUCCAGAAAAACUGGAUGGAGAAAAACCAACGGAAACUCGGAAAAUGCUACGAACCCAACCAGAUCCUGGAAAUCCUUCCGGAGGGCCACACCUUUGGCGCCCCUUACCGAAGGGAAAUGUAUGGAGUUGAGGAACUCCUGAAGGAGCCCAACACACCAAUUUCAACGUCUGCACGUGACAUCCGCAUCUGGCUGGUAUCCUUCAAUCGAUUAAAGAUGGCGAUUGAGAAGAAGAUUACGCCUACCUUCGACUACAACAUCUUGUACGAAAGGUUGAAGUUUUUCGAUAGGGAUGGAUCUGGCCGAAUAACUUUCGGUCAUCUUUUAGAGGUGAUGAGGUGUCACGAGAUCUUUUUCAAUAUAAAAAACGUGAAAGCUUUGAUGGAGUAUCUGGGAAUAGUGGUGGAAAAUAUUGUGGAUUAUCAAAAAUUUAUGGACGCCUUGAAGGGGCAUUUGUCACUUGGGAAAAUUCGUAUACCUGGAAAUGACACACAUUUCUUAUCAACGUAUCAGGCGUCUUGCUGUGACUUGUUAAUUCCCGAUGAAAAUGUUUGUAGACGCGAUGCUGGCAUUCCGACGCACAGAUUGGACGAAAGAAAACCUGCUAAUCCUUAUACAGACAAAUAUGUCGAAUUAUCGGAUUUCACCAAUAUGAAAGCCUGCCUGCAGCCAAGCAUUUUCACGCAAUAUUCCUUGUCGCAUCGGGAUUUCUUAUGUCCACGAGACAAGGACUUCAUAAGGUCGCUGUUUAGAAAAAUCGGUUACGAGCUCAGCGACCAAAAUUUCGAGGAAAUUUGGAAAAUUGGAUUAGGAAGGGAUGGCUCUGGUGGAGUGUGUGUGCAGACAUUUCGUGAUCUUAUGAACGAGUAUUUUCCUUUGCAGAGGAAAUUGAACGUCGACGGUGUAGCUACUUAGAAAUGAAGAUUCGCUCAAUAAAAUAUCGAACGAUGAAGAAAUCUCUCAAUAAUUCUCGAACCCUUGGUGGAAAUAGACAUAGGAUACGAUAUUUUCGUUUCCUCCUAAAGAGAGUAAAUUAUAUAGUUACACGAG